CCCCACUGAGGGUUUAUUGACUCACACGCAGCAGUAGUCUGCCUGACGGAGGCUAACAUUAGCUGGCUCUAAUUUAAACCAAGAUCUCCAGUUUAAAAGUGGCAAAGCUUUGCAGUGAACGAUGACUCUGCUAUGAAAGAGUCAGGAAGCCGGGGCUUCGCUCGGUGCUGUCCGGACCACUUCCAGUCACCUGGAGGAUCAGAAAGGAAACCUGAAGAAGGCUGACAUCUCUGACUCUGCCCUGGCUGGUGUUGCACCUGGACGACAUGGCAGGUCCACAGCAGACUGAGCUGUCAUACGCGUGGGAAAAGUACAUGGACUGUAGACUUCAAGGAGUGGAUCUGCAGGUCAGCCUCCAGAGUCUGGAGAACUUCCUCUGUCUCUUCCACUACGUGCAGCAUCACCCCAACCACAGCACCAAAGAUGCACUGAAGUUCUGCUCAGACAUGAGUGGGGCCAGUAACACUCUGGCGAGGGAGUUCCUGACUGACGUACAUCAACUAUGCAGUGCAGUGGCUCAGAGAGCAGAGGCACGUGAGGAAGACGAGGAGGAGAGCCACAUGGUGGCACUGGGGGAGUACCUGGUCAGGGGACGCGGAUUCCUGCUGCUCAGCACCCUUGACUCAAUUAUUGACCAGGAGCUGACCUGUCGAGAGGAGCUGCUCACUCUGCUGCUGUCUCUACUGCCGCUGGUCUGGAAGAUCCCUGUGCAGGAGGAAAAAGCCCCAGAUUUCACGCUGCCAUCCCUACUGGAGGUAUUCCUCGGCCGGGAGGUGAAGGCCGUCCCUCUCAGGACAGGACAGAAGGCUGCAACAGAUGAGCAGACCUCUGGGAAGAGGUCCCGCAUUGGCAGCGGAACCUGGAAGUCAAGGAGGUCGCACCGAGCAGCACAGAGAUACUCUGUAAAGGAUGCUCGCAAGUCCCAGGUUUCUACCUCAGAUUCAGAAGCGAACUCUGAAGACAAAGUUGGCCCAGGAGGUGUGAGGAGUCGAAGACCACAUGGUUCGACCAUCAGGUUAAGCUGUCAGCAUCAUCGUUCGGAGGCCCCGCAGUUCCCAUCCACCGCCAGCACCACCACAGAAAUCAUGAGUGCACCAUACCCACAUCCCCGAGCGCCUGUGUCCCAGACAGCGGACACUGAAACCCUGACAGACCCGGCUGCAAUAUCAAUAUUUAACCGCAUGGAGAACUCACCAUUUGAUCUAUGUCAUGUGUUGCUUUCCUUGUUGGAGAAGGUGUGUAAGUUUGACAUGAACAUCAACCACAACCCUGGCCUGGCGGUCAGUGUUGUCCCGACUCUCACUGAGAUCCUAACCGAAUUCGGUGACUGUUGUGGUCCAGGAGGAGGAGGUGGUGGAACCGGGGCAGAGGAGCUUGCUGGAGGCUGGACCGAAGAGCCCAUCGCCUUGGUCCAGAGGAUGCUAUUACGCACCAUCUUGCACCUGAUGUCAGUUGAUGUGAGUCAGAGUGAAACCCUUCCAGACAGCCUGAGACGCAGUCUGACAGACCUGCUACGGGCCACCCUCAAAAUUCGAAGCUGCUUGGACAGACAGACCGACCCCUUUGCUCCUCGGCCCAAGAAAACCUUGCAGGAGGUCCAGGAUGACUUUUCUUUCUCCCGCUAUCGUCACAGGGCGUUACUGCUGCCAGAGCUUCUAGAGGGAGUACUGCAAGUGCUGCUGGGUUGCCUGCAGGCUUCCACACCCAACCCCUUCUUCUUCAGCCAGGCACUGGAGCUCAUCCAUGAAUUUGUCCAACGCCAGGGACUAGAGCUUUUUGAGGCCACCGUGUUGCGGCUGGAGGGGCUUGGCAGGGCGAGGGAUUCUGAAGUAGGAGGUGAGGCUUCUGAGAGGCUAAGAGGUCUCAUUGCAGGGGUCUUCAAGAUCAUAAGUGCUGUCAAAAAGGCAAAGUCAGAGCAGCUGCAUCAGUCCGUGUGUGCCCGACGCCGUCAUCGUCGCUGUGAAUAUUCACACUUCCUGCAUCACCACAGAGACCUGUCAGGUUUGCCCGUCUCUGCUUUCAAGCAGGCAGCUAGACGCAACCCCUUUGAAGAAGAUGGAGACGGCAAGGAAGGGAUGGAUGGGGACACAGUGCGCUACCCUGAGAGGUGCUGCUGCUUGGCUGCCUGUGCUCACCAAUGUUUGCGGCUCUUGCAACGCCUCUCCCCGAGUGGACCAGCUGUACUUCAGGUGCUUGCUGGGGUGCAGGCUGUUGGAAUAUGCUGCUGUAUGGACCCCCGCUCAGUUGUAGGACCCCUGCUGCAUGCCUUCCAGGCUCCUGGUCUGCGUAGUUACCAGUCUCAUGUUCUCAGUGUGCUGGGUAGACUGAUCCUAGACCAGCUUGGCGGGGGACAGCCCUCAGAGAAAGCCAAACUGGCUUCCUGUAACAUCUGCACUCUCGACAGCAGUCAGCUGCCAGGCCUGGAGGAAACACUGCAGCAUGGGGAACCUUCCGCAGUUUCUACCAGUCUGUGCUACCGCUCCCAAGGUAUUCUGCCAAGUGGAGGGGGGGCAGAGGACAUGUUGUGGAAGUGGGACGCCCUCGAGGCCUAUCAGGAGCUCGUGUUUGGCGAGGACUGGCAGCUGAGUCAGCAGAUAGCUGGCCAUGUUUGCCACCUGACCCUGCGGGGCAAUGCUAUUGUGCAGUGGCAGCUCUACACACACAUCUUCAACCCUGUGCUUCAGAGAGGAGUAGAACUAGCUCACCAUGCCCAACAGCUGGGAGUUUCCACUGUGUGUACUCAGGUCUGCAGCUAUCAUACGCAGUGUCUGCCUGUGGAGGUGUUGCUCGUAUACCUGCAAACGUUACCUGCCCUCCUCAAAUCAAAGGUUAUAAGAGACCUUUUCAUCAGUUGUAACGGGCUUAAUCAGGUGACAGAGCUCGUCUACCUGGACCAGACGCGCUCUUUGGCAUUGAAGGUGUUUGAGAUUCUGAUCAUUGGAAUCGGACAGCAGCAGGCAUACGGGGUGCUUCAGGAGCUCGAGGGUGCUGAUACCGAUGAAACAGAGGCUGUCUUGAGCCUUGCUGAGGAACUGGGGUCCCGAGGGGCUGGAGAGGGCCCGCAGAGCCUAAGCAAGUUCUACGAAGGCUUAAAGGAGGCAUAUCCACGUCACAAAAGUCGGAGCGGGCAAGGUCGUGGACCAGGGCGCAGCCGGGCAGAGACGCAUCUCCACGUUAUCAACCUCUUCCUGUGUGUGGCCUUCCUCUGUGUCAGCAAAGAGGCUGAUUCUGACCGGGACUCUGCUAAUGACUCUGAGGACACCUCAGGUUAUGAUAGCACAGCCAGCGAACCCCUUGGCGGGAGGCUGCCUUACCUGUCGCCAGAUAGUGUAGCCCUGCCCUCCAAAGAGCAGGUGCGACGUGCAGCAGAUGUCUGGUCAGUGUGUCGAUGGAUCUACCUGGCCAGUCCCUUGUUUCAGAGGCAGUUCUUCAGGCUAGGUGGACUGGAUGUCUGCCUGCGUCUAAUGGCAAUGGUUAUCCAAAAACUUUCCUGUAAGACCAAGGAUGGGAAAGCAAAGAAAAAGAGGGAUGGCAAGGGCAAAGGCAGCCCUGAGUCCACUGUGCCGGUCCAACUGGAGGAGACUACUUAUGAUUCAGCCGACACCCUCUGCCCUGGCCAAGGCGAGGGAAAAACCAAAGAUCCUGCAAAGAAAGUUGAGGAGGAAUGGCAGCUUCAAAGUAUUCGUCUGCUUGAGGCUCUGCUGGCCAUCUGUCUGCAUAGCGCUAACUCAGCCCUGCAGAGGAUAGAGCCUGAACUUUCUUAUCAGCUUCAGUCAGUGGAAGAAACUCUGUUUGAGGUGAGAGACCAGCUCUCUCGCUCAGGGGUGGUGAACUCUGACCUUGCUGUACCUCUGUUUGACUCUCUCCUGAGAGUGGCUUUGGCUGAGGUGUCAUCCUGUCCUGAUCCCCCUGAGGAAAAGCCAGACAGGGUGAGUCCUGCCUCUGGAAAACCUAAGCUCCAGGUGUUGGCAGAGGGGGCGGCUCCAGCAGACGAUCUCUCCGAGGAGGUGGACGAGGUGCAGAGCUGUGGCGUCAAGCCCCCGGGGGAGGAGGAGGGCUACGACGCUGACAGCGAAAGCAACCCUGAGGACAUGGCCAAGCAGGAAGAGGGAGUCAAGGUGGAGCCCAGCGGGCUGCGGGAGUUUGCAGCAGUGGUAGACGGGCCCGGGCGUGGCGUUCUUCUUUUCCCCGAGAUCUGUACAAUGGAGCUGCAGCUUCUCGCCACUGGCUCCCCUGACUUGGAGGUUCUGAGUCAUGUGUUUCACAGUUUGCUGGAUGCAGUACACGCCGACCACCGCAAUGCUGCCUUACUCUAUGAUCAGGGAGGAGUCAAAACCAUUCUCUCUGGCUUUCACAACAUCCUCAGCCAUACAGAUCCCUCCUUCACAGAUUGCCAGACUGUGCUAGUGGAGCUGCUGGUUGCCAUGGUGAGCCAGCGAAUCACAGCGGAGGAACUGGCCCUAUUGAUUCGCCUCUUCCUGGAGAAGACCCCACCUACUGAGAUUUUACUGAAGGGUAUCCUGCAAGUUGUUGAAGCCAAUGUGAAUAUGGAACCACUCCACUUUCUGACCUUUCCAAUAAUCCUUGGGGCUUCGACGCCAGGCGGGGUGCCCCCCAGCUCCAGACAAAACGGUGCUGCUGUUGGAAAAAGUGUUGGUUUGCUCUGGAAGGGGAAACUCUCUCCUGGGCGCAGAGAAGGGGAUGCCGAACACCGACCCAGCCAUGUCCGUUCCUCUCCCUGGCACAUCGCUCCUCUCCACUUGCCCUUAGUAGGGCAGAACUGCUGGCCUCAUAUGGCCAGUGGUUUCAGCGCCUCCAUGUGGCUGAGGGUAGCAGAGCAGGAGGAGAAGGACAGGGACAAAGACAAGGAAGAGAGUAACCCUCCUGCAGCUGAGUCGCUCCACGGCUGCUCUCAGGCUGGGACACGAUUAGUAGAAGAAGGCCUCAUUCAUAUUCUGUCCAUGGGCUCUAAGGCACUGAUGCUUCAAGUGUGGGCUGACUUCUCCACAGGUUCUCUAACAUUCAGAAUUUGUAUAGACCCAAAUGAUGAGAUAAAAGCUGGGCUACUGGCGCAGGCAGACUCUGCUGAGGGGCUGCUCAGGCCGGGCCAGUGGCAGCACCUCGGCCUCACGUACACCCAGCAGCCCGAGGGCAAGAAGAACAUCCAUGGCCGAGUGGUUGUUUGGGUGUGUGGCAUCAGGAAUUGUGAGGUUUCUUUGGACUACACACUACCUAGAAAGUCGAGUUUAUCAUCUGACAGCAACAAAACCUUCUGCAUGUUGGGCCACUGUGCCACAUCCUGUGAGGAGCUGUUGAGGCAGGGUGGACGCUGGAGCAUGGGCACUGUGCUUCUCUUCAACGGGUCUAGAAUAGGAUCUGAGGAAGCCUUCUACCUGUACACCCGUGGGCCUGACCUUACCUCGAUCAUGCCCUGCAAAUACGGCAAGCCCAGUGGGUCAUUCUCCAAGUUUGUCACUCAGGAAGGGCUGAAGUGUGACCAUGUGCGAGAGAUCCUUAUGAAGAACAAGGAUGUGGACACAACAUCUUUGGUGGAGAGCUUGGCAGUGGUGUAUGCCCCUGGCAGCCCCAGAGUCUACACUAUCUACGAGCCUGUAAUCAGACUGAAGGGUCAGGCCAAGACAGUGGUCACCCAGCGCCCCUUCAGCUCCAAAGAGGUGCAGAGUGUUUCCCUGGAGCCCAACUCUCUCAGGGCUCUGCUCCCCAUCGAAACCAAAGGCCUGCAGAGCGUCCUACAUUGGAUUGGAGGAACAGGAAAUUUCGUCUUCCUCUUUGCACAGACUGUGGAGCUGUGUGACUGUGAGAAGACCCAGGCUCUGGCCCUGCAGGUGCUGCUGUCUCUGUCCAAGUUCAACCAACACCGUAUCCACGAAAUGGACUGUUACCAUGGUUACUCUAUGAUCCACCAGGUCCUCAUAAAGUCCAAAUGCAUCGUGGGAUAUCAUAUGCUGAAAACUCUGCUAGAUGGGUGUUGCAGUGGACCCAUUCUGAUCCUGGGGGAUGAUGGGCAGUUUCGUUUGGACACCGACUCCAUCGCUGUGGUGCAGGACAUCAGGCUUCUCUCAGACGUCCUGUUGGACUGGAAGAUCUGGGCCAAGGCCGAGUGCGGAGUGUGGGAAACGCUGCUCGCUGCCUUAGAAAUCCUCAUCAGGGUACACCACCCUCAUCAGGUUUUCAACAUCCGCCAGUUUCUGAAGGCUGAAGUUGUGCAUCGCUUCCUGCUCACCUGCCAGGUGCUACAGGAGCACCGGGACGAGCAUCUGACUGCCAUCCCACAGGAAGUCUGUUUGUCAUUCGUCAAAAUCAUCCAGGAAGUGCUUGGGUCACCUCCAGAUAUGGACCUGCUCAAACUGAUCUACAACUUCCUGCUGGCUGUUCACCCCCCUACCAACACCUACGUCUGCCACACUCCAUCCAGCUUCUACUUCUCACUGCACAUGGACGGGAAGCUGUACCAGGAGAAGGUGCAGUCCAUUAUGUACCUGAGACACUCCAACAGCGGAGGGAAGUCUGCCAGCAGCUCUGUGGUGUCACUCUCCCCGACUGUCUUCACUGACGCUCACGGCGAAGGCCAUCACCAUGCUCCUUCCCCUGAACAUGAAGGUGAUGAUCAUUCGUUACGCCCACCCAGUCUGGCGCCUUCUCCAUAUACCUCCCCGCUGCUGACACCUCGACUCGGACACACUAGCUCAAAUGAGGCCAGCGAAGGUGACAGGGUCUCUUUGGCCACUCAGCAGGCUCGGGGCAGCACAGAGACGCUCAAGAAGGCUGGAGGCUGUGACGAGCAGCUACUGAGCAGCUGUGAAUCAGCCAAGACAAUCUGCGACUCUAAGGAAAUAGGUGAGGGGGGAGCCCUGCGCACGCCCUCCAUCAGCGUGGAGGAGGAGCGGGAUGAGGCGGCAGAGGUGGACAGCCUGGCAGAGGGAAGCGUGGGGGUGGCGGAGUCUGAAGACAGGUUUGACUGGGCCAGUGACGAGGCACCGCGGCGUCCUGACAGUCUGAAAGGGAUUCAGUCCUUCCAGAGGAGCCACAGCAACCUGGCUAGUCUGGGCCUGGCCUUCCCAGCUCCUAACGGUUCGUUGGCUAUUGGCCGAUGGCCCAGUGCGGCCGACCGAGGCUCCAUGCCUGAAGACUGGGAGAGCUACACUUACUCCCCUGGCUAUGAGAGGGCCCAGAGCAAGACAGAGUCCAAUGACAGGUCCAGUACUGAGGACUGCCUGGUGCUGAUCUGCUGUGGACUCUAUGAUCUUCUGAGGGGCGUCUUGCUGCUGUUGCCUGAUCUCAUGCUCGAGGAGGUGAUGGACAAACUCAUCCAGCCCGAGGCUCUCAUCGUUCUGGUCAACCACUCGUCACCGCUCAUACAGCAAGGAGUCAUGAAGCUGUUGGAUGCCUACUUCAGCCGAGCUCUCAAGGAGCAGAAGGAGAAAUUUCUGAAGAACCAUGGUUUCUCACUGCUGGCCAACCAGCUGUACAUCCACCAGGGCAGCCAGGGGCUUCUUGAAUGCUUCCUGGAGAUGCUAUUUGGACGGCCUGUGGGCCUGGAGGAAGAUUUGGACCUGGAGGAAAUGGAAAAUAUCUCUCCCUUCAGAAAACGCUGUAUAAUCCCUGUCUUGGGCCUUAUUGAGAACUCUCUGUAUGAGAACUCCCUGGUGCACAACAUCUUGUGUAUGCUGCUGCAGCUUCUCAACGCAUGCCCUAAGCUGGCUGACAUCCUGCUCGACCACGGACUGCUCUACGUGCUCUUUAACACCCUCUCCACCCUCAAUGGCAUGGAGAACAGUAUUCCCCUGAAUGACUACAAGCUCUUGGUGUGUGACAUCCAGCAGCUGUUAGUGGCUGUGACGAUCCACUCCUGCAGCUCCUCAGGGUCCCAGUACUUCCGCAUCAUCGAAGACCUCAUUACCUUGUUGGGUUUCAUGCAAACCAGCAAGAUGCGUCGCACACAGGAGAUGGCCGUAGCAUUGCAGUUCCGCGUCCUUCAGUCUGCCAUAGAGUUUAUUAAGACGACAGCCAAUCAGGAACCUCAGAAGCUGAGCAGCUCAGUUAAUUCAUCGAGCUCUCCACAUCAUGCCAUCUAUCAGAAGCGCAAGAGCAUUGCAGGUUCCAUUGCCAUGAAAGACUCCAUUAUCCCCCGCAUCCCCAGACAGCACUACUGCUCCUAUGGCCAGAUCCCCCUGUCCCCUCCCUUCAGCUUCCUGUCCCAGGACUCCCCCCUCCCCUCCCCCUCAGGAGCUCCAUCCUACAUGCUCCACUGUGACGCAGGCCGCCGUCGGUUCUCUCUGGCACAGACUGACUCCCUCCUGAUGCGGAUGCGCUCAGUAGCCAGCGAUGAGCUCAACCAGAUGAUGCAGAGGAGGAUGAGCCAGGAAAACCCAAUUCGUGCUAGCGAGACAGAGUUCGUCCAGCGGCUGCAGAGGCUUGUUGUUCUUGCUGUGAACAGACUCAUUUACCAUGAUGUGAGUCAGGACUUGUUUGACCUGCUGAAUAUCCCAGACUCCCCAGACCAACAGCUUUUCACACCAGAGCCAGGUGAUCAACCACAUGACGAGAGUGGCUCCGCCUCUGUCCCGCACUCUCCUACUCCCUUCAUUCUGCCACCGGCCAGCAAGAAGAGCUUUCAGAAAGACGUCCUCAAACUCAUGAUGGAUGGGAUCAAAAUCAGCCUGGGCAGCACAGGUCGGGGAGGAGCCCCACAUCAGCAGUGGCAAAGGAUCCUGUGGUCGUGUCGGGACACCUUUCGGGUCCAAAUUGGCCGCCUGCUGGUGCACACACUCAGCCCCACACUUCCCCUGUGUGACAGGAAGGAGACGCUGGACUUUGUGUUUGAUCCUAGACAUUUGGAUAUCCUCAAGGAGAGUCUCAGCCCGGGUCUAGAGCAUGGACCGAAGUUGUCGCUUUAUCUGUAUGAGAUGCUGCACGAUCACAAGGACAGCCUCACCAAAGAUGAGCAGAAUGCCGUGGGUGUGUUCAUGACCUCGCUCAAGCUUUGUGGCCAUCGUUGCAUCCCCCCCAAUGCUCCACACAAACAAGACUUGCUCAGGGCCAUAAAAGAAGAAAAAAUUAAGUAUGAAACCGAAGAGAAAACAAGCAAAGUGGCGUGGGAAAAGAAAAUGGCAAACACUCAGAGGAAUCUUAUUCAGAGGCUUGAUGGAAAGUCCAAGGACAUUUCCAAGAUUGCAGCUGAUAUCACUCAGAAUGUGUCUCUGCGUCAAGGCAUGGAGAGGAAGAAAGUCAUCCAGCACAUCAGGGGACUCUACAAGACGGACCUUAGCGCCAGCCGCCACUGGCAGGAGCUGGUGCAACAACUCACGCAUGACCGAGCGGUGUGGUAUGACCAGACAUCCUACCCAACAUCCUGGCAGUUGGAUCCCACUGAGGGGCCGAACCGGGAGCGACGACGGCUACAGAGAUGCUACCUUACCAUCCCCAACAAAUAUCUUCUCAAAGACAGACGCAAACCUGAAGAUACUAUGAAGCCACCGCUGUCCUUCCUGUUUGAGGAUAAGACUCACUCCUCCUUCUCCUCCACUGUCAAAGACAAAGCCACCAGUGAGCCCAUCAGAUUCACCAGACGGUGCAUCAGCGUUGCCCCCUCCAGAGAGACAGCAGGGGAGCUACUUCUGGGAAAAUCUGGGAUGUACUUUGUGGAGGACAAUGCCGCUGAUGCUCAUGACAACCAGAGUCUUCACGGGGAGACGGAGGCACCUUCUUUUUCAUGGACGUAUGAGGAGAUCAAAGAGGUGCACAAGCGCUGGUGGCAGCUGAGAGACAACGCGGUGGAGAUAUUCCUCACUAAUGGCAGGACCCUGCUGUUAGCCUUCGACACCACCAAGUUCCGUGACGACGUCUACCACAACAUCCUGACCUCUGAUCUGCCCAACCUGUUGGAACACGGAAACAUCACGGCCCUCACGCAGCUGUGGGGCUCCGGUCAGAUCUCUAACUUUGAGUAUCUCACACAUCUGAACAAGCACGCAGGGCGCUCCUUCAAUGACCUCAUGCAGUACCCUGUGUUCCCCUUUAUCCUGCGAGAUUACACCAGUGAGACACUCGACUUGCAGGACCCAAACAUCUACAGAUGA